AUGGCGAGCAGGAUUACUCGAAGCGGGGCUCUGUCCGCGGCUCUGAAGCCUGUCAAGCCGUCGUCGAACGUCUGCCGCAACGACCAGGCCCUCCGCUGCUUCUCCACGACGGCCGCUCAAUAUGUCGCAUUGCCCAAGGACAGCCAAAACAUGCGCAGCGCUCCGAGGGACCAUGUGGGAGUCCUCAAGGUGCCCAUAGCCAACCCUGCCGACAAGUACCAGAGCAAGGCCGACAACCUGCACCGCUACGGUGCCUGGGUCAUGGGCUGCCUGCCCAAGUACAUCCAGCAGUUCUCCGUUUGGAAGGAUGAGCUGACCAUCUACAUUUCUCCCUCUGGUGUCAUUCCUGUCAUGUCCUUCCUGAAGUACAACACUGCCGCCGAGUUCACCCAGGUCUCGACGGUGACGGCUGCCGACUACCCGACGCGCGAGCACCGCUUCGAGAUUGUGUACAACCUACUGUCGGUGCGUCACAACUCACGAAUCCGCGUCAAGACGUACGCCGACGAAGUCUCGCCCGUCCCUAGCAUCUGCGACCUCUUUGGUGGCGCCAACUGGUACGAGCGAGAGGUCUAUGACUUGUACGGGGUCUUCUUCGUCGGCCACCCGGACUUGCGCCGCAUCAUGACCGACUACGGCUUCGAGGGCCACCCGCUCCGCAAGGACUUCCCCCUGACGGGCUACACGGAGCUCCGCUACGACGAGGAGAAGAAGCGAAUCGUCACGGAGCCCCUGGAGCUGACGCAGGCGUUCCGAAACUUUGAGAGCGGUUCUAGUGCUUGGGAGCAGAUCGGUACCGGCGAGGACCGUACCCCGGAUACUUUCAAGCUGCCCACACCCAAGUCUGAAGAGCCGGAGAAGAAAUAG